GAGUGUCAUAUCUUGGGAAUGAUAAGAACUCUCCAAACCCAAACUUCAAUUUCUUUUCCUCACAUCAAAGCAGGUAAAUAUGGAUGGUAGAGCAGAGAGAGAGAAAAUCUAUGUCGCCCUUGGAAAUAAUGUGCUUGAAGGAAUUCACACUUUGGCUUGGACACUCAGUAAAUGGCACUCUCACCCAAUUUCCAUAAUCAUUCUGCAUGUCAAAUACAAUAACACUUGCAACCAUCUUUCAACACUACUUGGGAAUUUUCCAGAAGGCAUUGCAUGUGAUGUUAAAAUGGAGAGAAUCCGGAAAGGCGAGGAAGACAAAAUCGACAAGAUGCUUUCCAAGUAUAUAUCCUUCUGUGACAAUGUACCAGCUGAAAUACUUGACAUAGAGCAAUUUGAUGAACCUGUUCAAAAGCGCACCAUAGACUUAAUUUAUGGUCUUGGAAUUACCAAAUUGGUCAUGGCAUUCUCAUUCAUGAAGGCUUCAUUGAAACAAAAAGAUGCGAUGAACGCAAUGUUGUAUGUUCAUAAGCAGAAGCCUGGGUUCUGUGAACUGUUCUUUGUGUGUGAAGGGAUACAAGUGUUCCUCCGAGAGAAGGAUAAUGAUGAGACAGUAAUGGAGGAUGAUAAUGGUGUCACAGUUGCAAGAAUGAAAGAUAAUAAUAAUAAUAAUAAUAAGUCAAAGCAUUGA